UAAGAAGAUACAAUUUUUGGCUUUUUGCAAUGUCGAGGGCGAUGUUGGCGGUUGUUCCCUACUCUUUCGCCGCCGUCAAAACGGCACCGGAACAACCACACCGGAGUCAAGACUCAAUAAAAACCCAGAAAAAGGCUUCCGGUAGCAGCACCGCCGGUUUCGGGGCCAAGAAAAGGGAACCUCUUUGGCAGUGCGUAAAGAAUUGCGGUGCCUGCUGUAAGUUGGACAAGGGUCCCGCUUUCCCCUCCCCUGAAGAAAUCUUCGACGAUCCUUCUGAUAUUCAACUAUAUAAAAGCUUAGUGGGCAUGGAUGGGUGGUGCAUCCAUUUUGAGAAAAGCACAAGAACAUGCUCCAUAUAUGCUGAUCGACCAUACUUUUGUCGAGUUGAGCCAGAUGUUUUUGAAACUUUGUACGGAAUUGACAAGAAAAAAUUCAACAAAGAAGCUUGCAGUAGCUGCAUAGAUACAAUUAAAGCUGUUUAUGGCUCUCAAUCAGAGGAAUUGGACAAAUUCAAAAAUGCAAUUAGGAGCUAACUUACAACAUGAUAAUUUAUCUUGUUACUCUUUGAAAUCACUCAUUGACUUUUGUGGUCAAAUGUGUGGUUUUGCAUGUAGAGGGAGACAAGGAGAGCCUUUAAGAAUGAUUCACUUUCUACUAAAAUGGUUGCAGACAACAUAGAGCAAAUGGGGGGACGUAGUCAAAUGGUAUUUAUAGUUUCAAGUUGCAAAUAGUAGCGCUGCUAAUCAACUUAAUUAUUUGAAUCUUAAAAGUUAGUUUUAGUUUUAUUAUUAAUUGCAAACUUCUUCAUCUUUGAUGAAAAAAUCUCUUUUUGUAUUAGCAGUUUUAUGUGCUCAUGAAUCAUGAUCGACUAAAAGUCCUGACAAUAACUUAUAAACUGGGAUUUAAUAGUUUAUGAUUUUGAUUUUGGUAUACAAAUGGGG